AUGGAACUUUUGAAAUUCGCCAGUGGGAACAGAAAGGGGUUGAUCGCCGUGGUGGCGGCCAUCGUCUUGCUCAACUUGAUCUACCUCGUUGGCAUCGACACACUGUUUCUUGGUUCGGGCGUGGGAAUAUGGAGGUUUGCAACCGACCUGGCCCAGUACUAUAUUGUGGACGACGAGUUCGUGAAAGGCGAGCCGGCGCUACGGAAGGUGGCCAAGUUUCUGGAAGAGGCGCCUAUAAGCAAGGAGGAAUUGACCCGGGCGUUGACGGAGAAGCUCGAUAAGGAGGGUGGAGAGUUCCUCAAGAAGAUCUACCAGGAUGUCUCAGACAAGUACUACGAGGAGUACAAGACGAUUCUCAAGGCGGAGAUGAAGAAGAAGAUGGAGAACGACUACACGUAUUUGUUUUUCCAGACGCUCCAGAAAAGCUACCAGUUGCUCGGGGAGCUUAAGGCUCGGUACCUCGAGCUGCACGAGGCUGAUAUCCAGAAGGCGAUCAUUGCGGACUACUUGAAGGAUACUACGGAUGAAAAGUUGAAGGAGAAGCUCAAGGAGGGCAACAAUCUACAGUUUGACCGCCUGCGGUACUUUCAAUUCUUAUUCAACGACAUCCUUCUCAAGCACGGUCCCAGAACUUCAAAACUCAGUCACUCUGAAAAGGGCAAGGAUAUCGUGAGCAAUGCCUUCCACGAAAUCACCGAUCCCGUCUACUCGAAGCGUUUCUUGACAAGACGCAGAGUCACCUUGGAUAAGCAGAAAUUUGAGGAUCUCCAGUCAUCCCACGAUAGCGUUGUCAGAGAGCUUCGCCUGAUCAUUAGACCUCCCGAGGAUCUUUAUCACGGAGAUGGUAUUGCAAUCAGUGCCAACAAGCUUCAUCUUCCAGGAGCGUUGAUGUUGGCUGCUCAGCUUAGGCAAGAGGGUUCUCAGCUUCCUAUAGAGAUAGUGCUUGACUCGGAAGCAGACUACAAUAAGCAAGCAUGCGAGGAAGUGGCGCCUAAGCUCAGCGCAAAGUGUAUUGUGACACAGCGGAUUUUGGGCGACUCGUUGUUCGAGCUUCUUGGAAAAGAACCGUUCCAGCUUAAGGCCGUUUCCCUACUCCUCUCGUCUUUCGACAACACCAUUGCAUUGGACGCCGACAACUACGCGACGAAAAACAUCGAUUUUCUUUUGACAUCGUGGCCAUACUUACAGACCCGUUUCUUGCUUUGGCCUGAUAUCUGGCACAAGGGCACCUCGCCAGUGUACUACGAUUUGGCUCGUUUCGACAUUGGCGAUGCCGUCAAGCGCCAGGGACUCGAUAACUCCAGACCUUUCCACGAGUACACAACCAGAGACUACAACACGGAGAUCUACUUCCAUGAUUUGGAGGGUACUCCUCCUGGUAAGGGCGUGGAAAGCGGACAAUUAGUCUUCUCCAAGAGAGAGCAUUUCAGGAGUUUGGCACUUGCUGCUUACUACAACAUUCACAAGGACUUCUACUAUCCACUUCUCUACCAAGGCGUUCACGGUUCGGGUGACAGAGAAACCUUCGUACCAGCCUUGCACGUCAUGAAAGAACCAUACUACCUUUGCGAGUACCAGGUUGAGUUUAUGGGAUUGGACCGUCCAAGGCCUACAGAACCCGAGGAAACAUACUUUGAUGAGAGCACAUUAAUCCAGAGGGAUCCACAGCAGUCAGAUAAUUUUGCAAGAAGGUGGAGGCAAUUCCUCAGAGCAGAACCACUAGACACAAGACUCUACAUGUUCCAGCAAAAUGACUACACAAAGAACCUUUUUAAGAAGUUUGCCGAAGCCAACAAGGACCUCGAAACACCAGAGGCGCUCUUCCUCCAUGUUCAUCUGCCAAAGAUGAAUCCACUCUACAACGAGCUCUCCACCAAAGCGCAUUACGACUACGAAAGCCGAUAUUUGAGAAAGAUUGGCGAGUACAACGAUAAGGUGGGUACGUUUGAUCAUGAGCUCCGAAUCCAUGCUCUUUCGAAGUGGAUUGUCUGUGAUGAGUUCACCGAUGAGGACUUCUGGAGCAGCUUCAAGGUGGACAGAAAGGCUCUCUGUCAGAAGGUUACGAAUUAUGUGAAGCAGUUGAAGAAGGACACGAAUGACGCUUCGGCAGCUGAGCUCAAGGAGCUUCAUGGAAAGAUCGAUAUCACGAAUUAG